GGACCUGAAGUGCCUCGCAAGUUCAGGACUUUGACCGGACUUUGACCGCACACAAACGAAGGGAGCGUUCUUCUAAAGAGAGCUGAGUCUGGCCGCCGCUAUGGGUAUAAGAAGCAGUUCGUGUGCUAAGCACAGCAAUGUUCACGAGCGCGUCCAGUCUUCGGAGCUCAGAUUUGCAGUUUAGACAGGGAACGAAGAGCUAAUUUCAGACGGAGAGAAGUGAGAAGUCGCACAACUUGAGAGAUACAAACGCAGCGCACAACAGAGUGUGGAGAAUUGUUCGGGGAGUUGCGCGAUCCACAGUUCGAGAGGUACCCACGCAGCCUAGAACAGAGAGUCGAGAAUCGAGAAAUCGAGAGGUGUCGAGGAGAUUUUCGGAAGCAAUCAUGGCGGAUGGCGGUCAGCAUGCAGAGGAGGUCAGUUCCGAUCUCCUCCGAGGAUUCGAUUGUUUCGGACCUGAAUCUCGGAGAGUGCCGAUACGAGCUGGUGCAGUAUUCGGCUCUGCGAGCGAUGUCUGGAGAGGGACGAGUAAUUGUCCCGGCCGCGGUUCUUCGUGCGGUGGGCGUGGGGUUGUGCAUUGGACGCAAUGAGUGAGGAACUUGUCUACCUCACGAGCGAGAACCCUCGAUGCGACGAGCGUGUUUCUUCGCAUCAGCGUCCUGCUAGUCAUGUUUCCCUCGGAAAAUCUCGUCCGCUUCAGUACGAUGUCGACGCGGCCGCCGGGUGCCCUCUUGGUGACGAACUCGUUUCUCGUCCCUGGAGAGGUUCUUUGGAUGACGAUUCGGUCUGAGGAGCUUGUUCUUCCUCAAACCCCGUCAUCCGUCGCGUGGUCGAACGAACGACAUUGUAGGACGUGAAAUUCGAAGGUUCUGACUGGCCAGAGCUGGUGCAAUCACUUAUCUUUUCGGCAGUAAGCAGAGUACCAUACUACUGUAAGUCACUAUAGUGAGUUUUUCCAGCCCCCGUUGAUGGGCUCUCUUGAGUAGUAUGAUGGAUCGAAUCGUUUCCAGCUUCCUGGCGAGGAGUUAGUAUAGAAGGCUUCUGCGCACCUUGCCGUUUGUAUGUGGGGGCAAUUUCCAUAUGUAGGACUGGCAACCCGACGGUGUUAUGCCUUCGCGAGUCUGCGCAUUUAAUGAUGGCCAGCAGUAGUAGACAGUCCGAUGGACUUCACCUUCGACUGCCUGCUAUGCACACUGAGCCAAGCCAGAUACUCCGCUUAGCUUAAUACACCAAUUCCGGCAAUGCAGUUAUGCACAUCAUAGAAGCAGGCAUUGCGAGCGGGCGAGGAUCAGAUGCGAUGAAGCCCACCCGCUCAGACAUGUACUGAAAAGACGGGAAGAGAAGACUCUUGCGAUUAGCGCGGAGCCCGUGUUGUAGAUGAUGCUGUUUAGCAAUCACAUGGCUGGGGACAGAUGCGAUGGCCCCUCUCAUGGCUGACAGCUGAAAUUACACCCACAAUCCUGUGCCUCAUAUUUAUGGCAUUCAAGCGAUGUGUUGUCACAACAUGUUACAGCCCACUCGAAGUAAAUCG